AUGAGGCUCCCGUCCUGUCUCCUUGGCUUUGCUCUCGUUCUCGCGGUGUCCGCCGUCACGCCUGUCAAACGCGAUCUCACGUCGCUCAAAGCGGACUUGGCGACCAUCGCCUCGCAGACAGAUGCGCUCAACACGGCGAUCAACAACUUCAACCAGAGCAUGUCGAUCACGAAGGCCCUGGCAAAUACUAUGGACGGGGGCAUCAAAACUUUGACAUCGGGCGUCUCGCAGGCCAACACCAAUACGAACAGCGAUGAUACAUUCGGCAUCGUCGACAGCGUCACCGUACUGUGCAACAUCUACCAGAUCAUACCGGCCCUCGAAGCGGUACUGCAGAACCUCAUCGACCAGCAGAACGGUUUCAACCUCUUGCACGUACUCCUGGCGCCAAUCGCACUUCUCAUCGAGGCGGAUCUGCUAGCCCUCAAGACAGCCACAACCGCCUUUGAGAACUCCAUGAUCAGCAAAACUCAAGGUGUACAGGUGCCGAUGCAGAGCGCAUUCGACGAACUCGGUACCACUCUCGAUAACGCGAUCAGUACCUAUUCCCUUCUAGGGUUGUUGACGUGA